GCAGAGAACGCUCUGCUGCAAAACCAUCUAAGCGAUGCGCGCCUCCCAAUAAUAAACCGAAUUAUAGCGUGCUCAUGAUUUGUGUGUGGAAUCGAAUGUCAUUUUCGGGUAUUAUGGACAAAAUUAGAGGCGUUAUUAUAUAUUCCUAUUUGAGGCGGACGGUAUGAUACUGAGACGUGUCCAGAAUCUCAGGUUUUCCAAUAAUGAGCGUGUGACGUUUCACCGCGAGAUGAACACGGCGCGGCUUACGUUCAAGUGCUCGGCCGCGAACAGAUUCAGUCAUUACUGGCGACAUUGGGAGUUAUUUAUCUAACGGAAAAAAACGGGUUUUCAGUUUCUGCAUUUUGCAAUAUAGUAAUUGUGUUCGUUCUCUCCUUGCCGGGGAGCGCGUGGCUGCAUGGGCCUGGGAGAGGCGUGACGCGCCUAUACCGCAUCUCCUGGAUGGCAGGUAGGCUCCAUCACAUCGCUGUGAAAAAAUAGGCUAUGGAAAGAAAGAAAUGCGCCGAAUGCUAUAGGCUAACUGUGUUUGAGAUAUUUUGAUUAGGCUUUUAUUUUCUUUCAGUUACACUUAGGUUGGUUUAACAUUAUCAGCCGAUUGUCAGCAUUCAGUCUAAAAAAAGGCUUCCAAAUUUGAGCUAUUAACAGCUCGCCCGUUUUAUCACUGACAUGUAUCAAUUUGUCUAUUGCUGCGAACGUGUAGGCAUACUGUGGGAAACUGCAAGAAUGUCCGUUAGACGAGGUAGCCUAAUGAUGAAGAUAGGAUAAUACGUUUGGAAUUGUCAUGUCCGACAGUAUUAUAGGUUAAUUAUGAUACAACUAAAUCCGUUGGCUAUCUCAAAUAGACCUAAUAAAUAAAGGAACUGCACGGUGGCCGUCGGAUGUGUGAGAUGCAUGAUGUUUGUUGGCAGCCAUGUAUAAGCCUCCCAAUAAUGGGGUCAGCCAGCUAUCAAAUGUGUCAGGACACUGAUAUUUGCAUAUAGGGUCGCCUGAAAGCAUGCAGUGAUGAUGCUAUUGAGGAGAGAUGGCAUCGCACGUGUGUGAUGUGACAACUAGCGUGCCAUGAAGAUUCUGAUGAGCGCGUGUUCGAGGAUGUGCCCCGGAGUCUCUCAGGGCCUGCGCACUAAUUGCGCGCACCUGCUGGUAGCGUCGUUGCUGGUGUCCAUGACGAUGUCAAGCUCACCUGUUGCAGGCGGUGUGGACUCCAACGGAACGACAGCAAAACGGUCCUCAUCGCGGUCGUCAUCGUCACCCUCUUCCAGAUGGCCAGGCGCCACCCCACCCAAAGACACUAGUCCCCAUGGUAACACUGACGCUGCCUCAGUGGACGAUGAAGCUCAGGGCAUACAUCUCCUCCUGAGACCCCCGGACCUGCUGUCCCCCAGCCACCCUCCUCCUCUGCCCCCCCACAGCCAGCCCACCCUCACCCCGCCCCCGCCCUGGGAACACGCCCCCUCCCUAGAGGAGGCCUGGGGGUCUGGUGACUACCUGGAAACACUCUCCUUCAUGGGCCCAGAGGGGGAGGAACUGGCCCUGGCCACACCCUUACCCAGUCACACCUACGACCCUGACGACGGGGCCUCCUAUGACACCUCCUUCCCCUCCCGCCCAACCUUCCCCCUGUCCUCCAGCCUCCUCCGACCCUAUACGUCCCCCACCUCCCCCCUCCGGGAGGGUCUCCCCUUCACUCACCCUGCCCAGCCUGAGGAAUACCCUCACUGGGAUGAAGAAGACUAUGACCUGGGGGACAUUUUUCCUCUGGAGCCCACGGAGCUGCUGCUGCCGGAUAUGAACAGUCUGGAGUACUACACCAAUCUGCUGGCCAGAGAGAGAGACGAGGAGAGGGAACGGGAGAGAGAGAGGGACAGGGAGCGAGAAUGGGAGAGAGACAGGGACAGGGAGCGAGAACGGGAGAGAGACAGGGAAAGGGAGAGGGAUCGAGAUGGAGAAAGAGACAGAGAUAGAGAAAUUGUCAUCCCACCCCCAAAGACCACCCCCAAACUUGGUAUCACACCCACCACUACCACAAAAACAAACAUACACACUCAGCCCCCAUCCCCCUCCCCUAGCACAGGGCCCCCUCCUGCCCGGGACCACAAGCACCCUCUUGUCCCCUCAGCAGGUCCCACCCCUCCCCUGACCCUCUCACCCAAUCUCUGGGAGGGUCAGGGUACCUCCACCCCUGGAGUUAGACCCACCUCCAAAGUACCCCCUCAGCCUCCUGUUCCGCGGCCCAGAGUCCCCCCAGCUACCCCUGGCAGACACCCUCCACUGCCUCCAUCUAACACCACCAGCCUGGCUCGCCCCCCCAUGCUGCGACCUCCAGGGAGGGAACCCAUAAAACCACCACCACCACCACCACCUAUGACCGAGGUCCCCAGCAACCGACCGACGACCACUACCAAGGCAACCACUGUUACCACGACAACCCCUGGUACCCUGGCGAGCAUCACCCGGACUCCCCCAGCCCCUCCAGGACGCCAGUAUCUGUGUAACGUCACCAAGCCUGACAUGUACCUGGUCAGAGUGGUCCUGCCGAAGUCUGGCUCCACUGUGGGCUUUGGCCAGGUCAGGGACAUCUUGAAGAGGGAAUUCAACCGCUCAGUGGAGUUGCAGUUCCUGAGAACUCCGUCUAGCCUUGCGUUCCGUGUUGUGGCGGGACCUCUGAUCUUCACCGCCAUGUCUGUCGUCAACGCUCUGCGCCAAUCAACACGAAGCUCCUCCUUGUUCCCCACUGUCUCACCUCUCUACGGCAUACCUGAUCACAAGUACCAGAUACACUCUGUGCUGCAGUUCGUGCCCGGUCACGUGGAUGUGCGUGUGUGUAACUUCAGUGAGCGAGUGGAGAGAGGACUGCUGCUGGCCUACACAGAGACACGCAGACGUGCACAUGAAUUUGGCAACGUUACUGUACAGCUUCUGAACAUCACCAUGGGUCAGGCCAAGCCGCAGGGUGACCAGAAGGUUCCGGUGGACAUCACGUUUGCGUUGCGUGAUGGGCGGGGCUACCUGUUGGGGUCAGAGGUCAGCAGUCACCUGAGACACCUAAGCACGGUGGAGUUCAGCUUCUACCUGGGCUUCCCCGCGCUGCAGAUCGCUGAACCCUUCCACUACCCCGAGCUGAACGUUUCUCACCAUCUACGCUCCUCCUGGGUCCGCACCGUGUUACUGGGUGUCCAGGAGCAGACGGUGACUGAGCGGAGCUUCAAGGCUCGUCUGGAGCGCCGUCUGGCCCUGCUGCUGGAGGAGGGGCUAGGGGAGGAGAGUAAACGACCCCGCUGGAAAAGAUCCACGGCCGUGGGCAACAACAGCUUACAGGUGGUGCGUGUGUCGAGGCUGGCAGGUUCAGGGCGUUCUCUGGAAGUGGUGUAUUUCGUGGAGGGACCAGAGGGGGAGAGAGUCCCUGCUGAUGCCACCGCUGCCACCCUCAACCGCCUGGAGCUGCAACGGGCUGCCAUCGUACUGGGGCACCGCGUCCAGAGACCCCUUGCCCAGCCUGUGGAGACUCUGACGGUGCCCCCGUCUGAGACUCAGAGUAGCAGUGUCUGGCUGAUUGUGGGGGUGGUGGUGCCUGUCCUGCUGGCUAUCUUCAUCAUCAUCAUCCUCUACUGGAAACUGUGCGGCUCGGAGAAGCUGGAGUUCCAGCCUGACGCCAUCAACACCAUCCAGCAGAGACAGAAGCUGCAGGCUUCCAGUGUGAAAGGGUUUGACUUCGCCAAGCUCCACCUGGGGCAGCACAGUAAGGAUGACAUCAUGGUGAUCCAGGAGCCUGGUGCCCUCCCUGUGCCCAUCAAAGAGUCCACCCCCUCUGAGGGAGGGGAUGUCAACACUCCCAAAUCCAAGGGCUCCUCCACCAAGGCUGCCCGCGCUAACCGCCGUAGAGGGAGACUGUCCCCGUCAGAUGGUGACUCGUUAGGUAGCGACCAAUCGAGUGGCAGGGAGUCUGCAGAGGAGACCACCAGACAUGUGGGCACGCCCCACGAGGGGAAACCGCACCGAAACAAAACGCCCAAGAAUGUCCCUCCCGCAGGCAGUGGUCCAGAUGAGCUGCUCUCCUCUUCCUCCAUCUUUGACCACGUGGACCGUCUGUCCCGAGGCUCGUCUGACGGCAGGGGUCGCCAGGCCAACAAGGUCCAGCUGAUUGCCAUGCAGCCCCGGCCCAGCCCACCACAACGCUCACACAGCCCCACCAUCACAGAGAGGGUCAGCGCAGAGGUGGCUCUGAGACAUAAGUCUGAGAUCGAGCACCACAGGAACAAGCUGCGUCAGCGGGCUAAGAGGCGGGGCCAGUGUGAGUUCCCCUCUAUGGAUGACAUCCUGGAUGCCUUCGGGCAGGCGCAGGAGGAGGCGGGGCAGGGAGGGUGUCCCCAGCGCCUCUACAGCUCAGCCCAUGACCACAUGGACAGCAUCCUGCACCCCGACCACCCCUCGCCCCCCACCCCAGGUGAAUCCAGGAAGAGGGGGAGGCGCUCUCCUCGAAGCCGGCGGAGGCAGCAGGGGAACGGCAGUCUGCCAGACACAGACAGACUGACGGACAGAGACCGCCUGCUCACAGACAACAGCGCCACCUACAGGAAAUACCCUGGACUCAACAAUGUGGCCUACAUGUCCGACCCAGACCUACCUCCAGACCACGGCAGCCCCUCCCCUAACGACGAGGUGUUUGACCACGCCCCUCCCCCGCCCCCCUAUGUGCCCCCCCAGCCGUCCAUCGAGGAGGCGCGGCAACAGAUGCACUCCCUAUUGGACGAUGCCUUCGCCCUGGUGUCGCCCUCCUCCCAGGGCAGCGUCAGUGUCGGGGUCACGCAGGUCAGCCCCGCCCUGCCAAGCCCCUCUCCCUCCCCACAGACACACCCAUCACGCCAGUGGGGCUCCUACCCCGCAGCCCCCACACACAGCCCCUUCUCUGCGAGGUAUGCAGAGUUGGGGAUGUCUCCCUCGUCAAUACAAGGCCUGUCGCAGAGGCAGGGCCUGGGUUCAGGGGCCUAUGUUACUGAAGAGGAGCAGUUGCAGGAUUCUGUUUACGCCAACAGGGGGCAGUAUGAAGAGCCCCCCUCCUCCUCCAGACCUCGGCCUGUUGGGGGAAGCACAGGUGCUCAGCUGCAUCACCUGACUCAGGUGGGGUUGUCGAGCCGGAUCAGUGCGUACCCUGGGGUGGGCCGCAGCGUCUCUGGGCCAACAGGCUCCAGCUGGAACCAGCAGCCUUUAGACCAGGACCUCUCCAGACCCGGAGCCAGCAGGGAGACUGUGCUGUCGUUCCCUGAGUUCUCCUCCUCCGGUGUGUUUCAGAUGCCCAGCUCCUCUCUGGGAGACCAUUCUGUCUCCCCAAUGCUCCUGGCCCCUCCCACUCCAGAGUUCCCCCUAGACGAGUCCUCCCCCUCAGCCCAAAGCUCCGCCUCCCUCAUCAAGGCCAUCAGGGAGGAGCUACGACGGCUCGCCCAGAAACAGGUUGCUGUGGCCAGCAGUUACUCCUAGACCAGUGUGAGCCCCUACCCCAUAACUGGUCAAAACUGCUGACUCUAAACUGGUCCGAACCAGUUUGAACUACUCAUCCUAAGCAAGUAUGGAUUGACCGGAACCACUACCCCAAACUAGUUUGAAACAGUCAGAACCACUUUCUCUAAACUGGUGUAAAGAGGCUCAUACUACUAUUCAUAAGCUGGUCUGAACAAGACUGAACCAGUCUGCAACAGAUACGAUUUCCUUACAACAAUAACAUCACGGUUCUUUACAGGGUUCUUCUCUCUGUAAAGGUUCCCCGUUCAACAGCACAGUGUUUCCACUGGACAGGAGGAUCGAGUUUGUUUUCUUCAGUUCCAUAGAAAUGCUUCCUUGAGAGGGGCCGUCUCGACCCUUCCUGACCUCCUGUAUGUGGUGCUAAACCUCAGCCUCAUGUCUCCUGUCAUUAAGUUAACCACGCAUUGCCUUCAACACACAUUCAUCAUCAGCCAUAUUGGUGAGGUCUUCUCCAUUCAUCAGCCAUAUUGGUGAGGUCUUCUCCAUUCAUCAGCCAUAUUGGUGAGGUCUUCUCCAUUCAUCAGCCAUAUUGGUGAGGUCUUCUCCAUUCAUCAGCCAUAUUGGUGAGGUCUUCUCCAUUCAUCAGCCAUAUUGGUGAGGUCUUCUCCAUUCAUCAGCCAUAUUGGUGAGGUCUUCUCCAUUCAUCAGCCAUAUUGGUGAGGUCUUCUCCAUUCAUCAGCCAUAUUGGUGAGGUCUUCUCCAUUCAUCAGCCAUAUUGGUGAGGUCUUCUCCAUUCAUCAGCCAUAUUGGUGAGGUCUUCUCCAUUCAUCAGCCAUAUUGGUGAGGUCUUCUCCAUUCAUCAGCCAUAUUGGUGAGGUCUUCUCCAUUCAUCAGCCAUAUUGGUGAGGUCUUCUCCAUUCAUCAGCCAUAUUGGUGAGGUCUUGCACUGUAGAGAGAUUUGGAGUAUAGUAUACUUUGGGCACGGGGGACUUGAAUAUACAGAUGAAAAAGUAUAUGAAAAUAUUAGUAGAUAUAAAAAUCCCAAAUGAGCACAAUAUGAAUUAAUAAGGGUGACCAAUGGAGUAUUGAAAUUGUAUUUAUUUUUUAUUGCUCUGAAAGUAUACUUUAUUUAAAUCCUUUAUUUUGUUCAAAAGAAGAUGAAAAAAGACCAACACUGUUUGGAUGUUUUAUGGCUGUAUUCUCCCUGUGUUUGCGUUCACUGUUGCCGUGGAGCUGAUCAUAACGUUGUUUAUCGCUGUGGAGACGUAGCUUAGCAUAGUCGCUCCCUGCCGGUGUGUUCAUGUGUUGACGGCACAAAAAUUAAGAAGGAAAAACAAUGGAUUUGCAGAUAUAAUGUGAAUAUAUAUAUAUAUAUAUAUAUAUAUAUAUAUAUAUAUAUAUAU